CAAAGUGAUCAUUUGGAAAAGAGAUUUCCACACCUUAAAACCAAUAUAAAAGGUAGAAGCUGCACUGGCCAGCUUCACUUGGCUCCAGCACCUUCUUCCCUUCAGGCAAAAUGAAAAUCCUUGUGGCAUUUCUGGUGGUGCUGGUCAUCUUUGGGAUAGAAUCUCAUGGAUAUGAGGUUUAUAACAUCAUCAGCCCAAGCAGCAAUGGUGGCAAUGUUCAGGAGACAGUGACAAUUGACAAUGAAAAAAAUACCGCCAUCGUUAACAUCCAUGCAGGAUCAUGCUCUUCUACCACAAUUUUUGACUAUAAACAUGGCUACAUUGCAUCCAGGGUGCUGUCCCGAAGAGCCUGCUUCAUUCUAAAGAUGGACCAUAAAGCCAUCCCUGCUCUGGACCAACUCCAACGGUACAUCUAUGAGAAACAGGCUCUGAACACCAUGUUCUCUAACAAAUACACCUGGGUCAAGUACAACCCUCUGGAGUCUCUGAUAAAAAAUGUGGAUUGGUUCCUGUUUGGAUCUCCCAUUGAGAAACUCUGCAAACAUAUCCCCUUGUAUAAGGGAGAAGUAGUUGAAAAAGAUCAUGAUGUUGGUGCUGGAGGCUGUGCAAAGGUUGGGCUCUUGGGCAUCCUGGGAAUUUCUGUCUGUGCAGACAUCCACGUUUAAGAUGAUCAGCCCACUGGUCUCAUCUUUUCAAAGAAAUACACUCUUGUUUUCCACUCAAAACCUUCUUGUUCAAUGUCCCAACUAAUUCUGAGAUUUGGUAGUAAAACAUAAAUGCUGUAUUU